AUGGUUUUUUACCAGCAGAUCGUCACUCUCCGGCCGCGGACGAACCCCACCGACCUCACCAACAUCUUCCGCCGGGCGGCCGCGGUAAUCCUGGAGGAGGGCGGGGUCGUGAGGUCUGUGGCCAACCACGGCGUGAGGGUGCUGCCCUACCGGUUCCACAGCAAGCACGACAUCAAGGAGAAGGACGACAGGUGGUUCUCGUCCGGACGGUGGGCCAGCGCGUACUACGAUGCCAGCCCGGCGGUCGCGAAGAAGAUGGAGGAACAACUGUGGGCGGAGGACAAAGUAAUUCGAGUCUCAACCCGGCGACCGGCGACCAAGAUGGACCGAAUAGCGUCCACUCACGAGCGGUCAAACCCUUGGGACAUGGAGUGGAGGAAUCGCAACGGGAUCGAGCAGCCAGUGCACAACCGUCGCCGGACCCCGCCCAAGAAAAAGUGGUAGCAGUCUAGGUUUUAGUUUGGCAGCGUUAACGGCAUGGUAAUAGCUCGGAAUAGGGGGCGCGUGUGCACGUGUGCACCUUGGGCGAGAAACUUGAGCGGAAAAGCCAGGCGCAGAGUUAUUUUUCCUUCUUGUGCCUGCACGGCGCAACGUUGGAGUCUCUCUUUUUUUGUCUGGAAACAAAGCGUUCUAUCAUGUCGUUCAUCAGUGUGUCUGUACCAAAAACUGACAUUUCCGCGUGAAAUGGAGAGGCUGCUGCCGGUUGAGUUGCAUCCAACACGAGGCACACAUGCUUGAAAAGCCGAAUUGUUUUUUCACAAUGCCGUCA